AUGGCAGAUUCUGUUGAUCGAGUGUUCGUGCACGCGCUAAAUACGGUGAAGAAAGUUCCCAAGACCGGUGCUAUGCGCCCGCCGUCCACAGAAAGAUUACGGCUAUACGGGCUCUACAAGCAAGCUAUGGAGGGUGACGUUGACGGGGUAAUGGAACGACCAGCAAGCGUUGGCAGUAAUCAAGAUGAACCUGAAGAUACCAGGAAAGAUCGCCAAAAGUACGACUCAUGGGAUGCGCAGCGAGGAUUAAGCCGGACUGAAGCCAAGAGGAGAUAUGUGGAAGCUCUAAUUGAAACAAUGCAUCGUUACGCUAGUACCACAGCGGACGCAAGGGCAUUGGUGGACGAAUUGGAAUUUGUCUGGGAUCAAAUCAAAAACAACUCCAUAACAUCGAACGGCUCAUCUCCAAGGAGAGCAACAAGUGGUAUGGAGGUAACCGAUUACUGUACUCCAAGACACUCGAGAUAUCCUCCACCUAACGCUGAUGAGAAUAUGCGAGUAUUAAGUCCAGAAAGUCAGGAUGAUGAAUUAGAAAGAAAAGGAGAGCGAAGAAUAUGGUACAGUGAACACAGUGAAGGUAUAUAUGGGGGUGAAAAAAAUGACAAGGGCAGGGAGACGAUUGAAUGGCGAAGGAAAGUAGAACAGGCCCUGAUGAAGAUGACAGCAGAGGUCGCAGCACUAAAAGAACAAACUUCAAAUGUAUGGGAUCACCAAGGGAAGAGGACCAAGAGAAAAGACCUCACCAACUGGCUCGCCUGGCUUUGGUGGGUAGCCGUGAGACACAUAUUUGUGGAUGUCGUAAUCCUUGGUAUGCUUCUAUUGUGGAUGCGGACUAGAAAAGAUAGAAGACUUCAAAAUCUGAUUAAAGAAGGACUUAAAAUUGGACUCGAAUUUGUGCGGCAAAUUAUGCCGUCGAGGUGA